UUUUACUGGACUACUUACAUUAAAAAAAAAAAGUGCCUCUAGGUCUUCUACUAAACAGUAGGUACAGUCAACAAGGAUGAACUGUUCUGCAUGUGAAAAACAAGUUAAAAUUAUGUAAAUUUAAAUACGGUUCUGAAAUCAUACAUUAUAUCCAUCCCUGUCUUCUUGUCAGAGUGGCUCAAAGCACUCGAAUGCAGCAGGAUGCGUAACUGUUGACCUAAUACCACCAUCACUUCAAUUUCCAACGCCUUUACCUUAACAGACUUCUCACAGUAUCAUACCUGAGACUAAGCCAAUGUAUUAGAAUGAUCUCCAGAGCGACAGGGUGUAUUCUUUGGUUGUACUGAGAUAUGCCUUUUACCAUUUCAUUUACAUACCAACCACUAAUAUACCCAAAUACUCUUUAAAACCAUGGCCUCGAAUUUGGAAAUUGUUUUCUGCACAAAGCCUUUGUUGUGUGUGUGUGUUUUUUUUAAGGGGAUGUGUGCACGUGUGCUUUUGUAACAGGAUUUGACCUGUAACUAUCACUGAGAAUUUUCUUAGAGGAGUUCAAAGCAUUUUACAGGGAUCAUGUCACUUACCCUUCCAAAGUAAAGCAUGGCAUUUAUCUCUUCUGCAGACCCAGAACACUAAAGGGCCAAGGUAGGUGGGGUCUUUUGUUGUUGUUUUGUUAAGAUCAAAAAGUAAUUCUAGGGUGAUUCCAGAUUCCGGUCUGACCUUGUUACAUGAUGGUUUUGCAACCCUGCUAGGCUAGGCUUUGAAUGAUUUUCAGAACUAGUGUCUCACUCACUCCUGAUCCUUAAAAAUGGCUGUUAAAAAGUAUAAAUACAAAAGAAAAAUCUCCAAUCAUUCUUAUAUGAACUUUUGGGUUGUUUUCAAGACAGAAUCUUACUACCGAUAGACCCUUGGCUAGUGUGGGACUUACUUUGCAGACCAGGCUGGCCUUAAAGUUGUAAUGACUUCAUUGUCUCCUGAAGUGCUGGGAUUACAGGUGUGUGCCACCAAACCUUGGUUCUUAUACAGACUCAAGAAAAGGAAACUCGUCUUCCUUUUUUUUCCCCUGGAGACAGGGUCUCAGUAUAUAGCCCAGGCUGGCCUGAGCCCACAGAGAUCUGCCUGCCUCUGGCUCCUCAGUUCCAGGAUUAUUAGUAUGUCCACCAUGUUGGCUCUCCCAAGUCUUCCUUCAAAGCCCAGUGCUGUCUUAUGGAGAAAUAACAUGAACCACAAAGGAAAUACAUUUUCUAACAAUUAUACUACAUAUACUGAACUCAGUGCAGUAUGUCCAAACUACUGAUAAUUAAUAUGUAGUAUAGAAUUAUGUAAGAUAGUUCAUAUUCUUUGCCCUGUCUAGCUUUUCAAAUUCAGCUGUGUACCUCACUUAUGCUUAUAACAUACUCAGAUCUGGAGACGCUGCCUUUCACACACCCAGAAGCCACAUGUGAUUAAAGCGGCCCCACAGACCCUGUGGGACCGAAUGGGUCUAUAUGCUUCCGAAGCUCUUAGAUUGGCUUAGGUGAAUCCAGUGAGUGGUAGAGGAAAUGGAUCCCUAGUAAUUGGAGAUCAGCUUACCCUGUGUGAUGACUACUAAAAUCCCUGAUUGGCCAUGUGCUCUUGGUUUGGGAGCUAUGGACUCAGGAUCUCGAAGGUUGUUUUUACCUCCCCAAAUAUUGUCUAAUCAUACUGGGACACCUAUAGGAUCUUGGUUGACACCCUUCAUGAGACCAAGGGCAAUGGGACUUUCUAACUUCUGACUUGCAGUUUUUUUAAGAAUCUGCUAUGUGGCUUGUGGAAAGAAGGCAUCACCUGGAGAAAAGGAAGCCUCCUGGGACCAAAAGGACACUUGAGGGUAGAGGUUCCACCUUGAUGGUUCUUGAAGCCACAGGCUCCUCUUGUGACCUCGGUGGGGCGUUUUCUGGCUGUGAAUCUUUCAACAAUCUCUCUCUCUCUCCUUUUUUUUUUUUUUUUUUAAAGAAUUUGGAUAAUAUCUUGCUUUGUAGGCCAGGCCGGCUUUAAACUCAUGGCCAUCCUCCUGCCUUAGCCUCAUGCUGGGAUCACAGACGUGAGCCCCCAAGCUUCCUUCCUCCAUAUAGUCUUGAUGACAUGUUUCAACCAGAUGUUCCUGGUGCUCCAGAAGAUGGGGAUGUCAGCGCCCAGGUUGGGGUUCGCACCCCGAAAAACAGGCGUGAGGGGCGGGUCUCGGCUUGGGCCCGCGCCGCCCCAUGUGACCCGGUCCGUCGUGAUGUCGCCUCCUCUCGAGGAGGCGGUGGCGUCUUCGGCUCCGCUGUGCGUCGAGCCGGCCCGGCGGCCGCUCAUGAGCAGCCAGGGCCGCUCGGGUCCCCCCGGGAACCGCGGGCCUAGGGAAGGCGAGGGCGGGGAGGCGAGGAAACUGCAGGAGGCGAGGGUCGCGCGGGGAAAGCGAGGGAAAGGGAAGGGGAAAGCGAGCACCGGGCACGGCGGAAGAGGAAGCGGGGCGGAAGGGAAGCCGGGCCUGCAGCCGGCGAGGAAGGCAGCCGGGCCGGCGGCUGAGGCAGGCCGGGGGCAGGAAGGCGAGGGAGGCGAGGAAGAAGGGCCGAGACGCUCCGGGAGGCAGGAUGAGGGCAGCGCAGAGCCAGGGAAGGAGGAAUGUAGGGUUGGGGCCGGGCGGCGGGAGGACCACAGCCUGGAGAGAGCACAAGAGCAGGAGCGUCAGGCGUGCGGCGGCAUCCCGGAAACCCAGACGGCCAUGGCGGCGGCAGCCGAGGACGGGGCAGCGGCUGUGGAGCCGGCCACCCGUCCGGCCGCGGGGCCCGCGCUCUGGAGACUGCCGGAGGAGCUGCUGCUGCUCAUCUGCUCCUACCUCGACAUGCGGGCCCUCGGCCGCCUGGCCCAGGUGUGCCGCUGGCUGCGGCGUUUCACCAGCUGCGACCUGCUCUGGCGCCCGAUAGCCCGGGCCUCGCUCAACUCCGGCUUCACGCGGCUCGGCACCGACCUGAUGACCAGCAUUCCAGUAAAGGAACGAGUGAAGCUGUCUCAGAACUGGCGGCUGGGACGAUGCCGAGAUCGGAUUCUACUGAAGUGGAGAUACAGUCAGAUGCCUUGGAUGCAGCUAGAAGACUCUUCUCUGUACCUAUCUCAGGCUAAUUUCAUCCUGGCCUACCAGUUCCGCCCGGAUGGUGCAAGCUUGAACCGUCGGCCCUUCAGAGUCUUCGCUGGGCACGAUGAGGACGUUUGUCACUUUGUGCUGGCCAACUCCCAUAUCAUCAGUGCGGGAGGAGAUGGGAAGAUCGGUGUUCAUAAGAUUCACAGCACCUUCACUGUCAAGUACUCAGCUCAUGAACAGGAGGUGAACUGUGUGGACUGCAAAGGCGGCAUCAUUGUGAGUGGCUCCAGGGACAGGACGGCCAAGGUCUGGCCUUUGGCCUCGGGCCAGCUGGGGCAGUGCUUACACACCAUCCAGACCGAAGACAGAGUCUGGUCCAUUGCUAUCAGCCCAGUACUCAGCUCUUUUGUGACUGGAACAGCUUGUUGUGGGCACUUCUCACCUCUGAGAAUCUGGGACCUCACCAGUGGGAACUGAAAAGUCGGAAUUCACUGUCCCCAACUACCAGAAGUAGUUGUGAUGGAAUAACUGUGAAAAAUGCCUGCCCACCCCCAUCCCCCCAUCUCCCGACUGCCUGACACCUGUAUCCUUUGCCUUCUCCCUCAGAAUCAAAGAGCUGUGGGCACCACACCUCUCAAUUUCCAGAGUACCUGUGGCUUCUGGCCGGUAUAGAGGCCAUUGCCGGCCCCACGGCACACAGGGUCUUGCCAACAGAGCUGUGGCCCAGGGAUGGGCAUUUGUGCUAGCAGUUUCAGUCACCCAUACAGCUGAAGCUCAUGACCAUCAUCUUCUCUGCCUGGGCCCAGCUCAGAGAUGUAGGUCUGGGUCCACCACCAUGGCCUAGGAGCAUCUCAAUUGGAUGAUCUUCGAGCUGCCUGUGGCUGCUUUGGAGGGACUAGGGUCAGGAUGGUGUUCUAAUGGGCUGGCUCUGUGAAUGCCAUUCUCAUUAAAUCUCUAGAUGUCAUCAUCCCCAAACACUGCCACUGUCCUUAACUCAAGAGGAACCCAAAUAAGAACUGGCACAAGACAACUGAGGUCUCUGGUUAUUCUGGAACCAAAUGAGUUAUUGUCACUGUAUUCUCUGGCCAUUCUUCUGGGCUCUGCCUGUGACUGGGCCACCCUGGUAUCACAUGGUAUUGCCUCUUCUCUAGCCCCAGACUGCCCUCAUCAGCCAUGGGAGGAGCCAGACUUUGCGCAAACAUCUGCCCUGUAUCCAGAACUGUGCACUGCUUGGAGAACUGAGCAGGGCAGGGGUGAGGAGCUGCCCUGGUGGGAGGAAAUGGAUGGCCAGGGCAGCUCUGAAGUGUCUUUCCUAAAGAAGCCCAAGCAGAUAAUAAAGCCAUGUAGAAAACAGGAUUAAGGUAAUGAACAGGCAGGACCAAGUUUGAUCUUUCAAUAACACCAAAGCCUGACUGACAGGCAAUCUGCAAGGUGGCGUGGUAUUGCCGGCAGGACGCUGGCUGGGCGGAAUGCGGCACUGGCUGAAUGCUUUGCUUUUAACCUGUCACCGCCGAAACCUGAGCACAGCCUGAAUUUUCUUUUAUGUGUGUGCUGACUUGGGGGUUGGGGGGGCGUAGCUCUCAGCAUCUGGGCUACCCCUAGGUGAUGGUGGGGGCUGGGACACCCAGGAAGUGCAGCUGUCCCACUGGGCACCAGUUCUGUCACCUUUAGGGCUAUUAGCACAUUCCUCUCUCAGGUACCCAUCACUGUGUUCAGAAUAACCACACAGUCCUUUCAGGGUACGCAGAGGCUAAGCAGGGAAGAGGGGUGAAGAAGGUGCUGGCUGGAGCUUGCCUGUUGUAUCUCCUUUCCAUUGGACACUGUAAGUUAAGCCCAAGGAGAGGGGAUUUCCAUUGACGAAGGUGGGGCCUCUUCUUCCUCACAGCACAGCUGCAAGGUGCACAGGACUCAAUUUCUGACAGUCCUCAGGCCCAGUAUUCAAUUUUCAGCUGCCAGAAACUCCUAGUGACAGCCAUCCACUGAAGUCGUCUUGUUAGGCUCCGAGGAACUGUGCCAAAACCAUCCUAUUCCUUAGCUUGAGGCCUCGAGGAAUCAGAGUGUACUUUGUGCCCUCUGUCUGCAUUUCAACAAGGCACUUGGCUAGUCCCCAGGGGUGCACACAUCUCCAGCUACUGGAGGAUGUAGUAGGACGAGUGCCUGACAUCACCUUCCACCACUGGCUCUGCUGUUCCUAUAGGACUCGCAUUUUCUGUCGAGGGGCGUUUGAGCUGGCUGCAGUUAGCAUUAGUCCCUAAGGGCAGAGCACCCUGGGUCCUCUGUGGCGGGCACAGGUAAGCUAUAGGAUGGAGAAGUCUAUGACUCCAGACCUGAAGGUGUCACAGGGGGUCCAGCCCUUGGCCCUAAGCCAUUCUGGGGUCUGUGAGUUAGGGAAGCAGGUAGGGAGGGGCCUUUUGGUGACUUCACUGUGCCAAAGGCUUUGAGCUCCCUGGGUAUUCUACCCUGCAGGGGUGUGUUCACAUGUUCCUACACAAACCCUUCAUCUCUCUGUCCCCUGAGGCCGGGGCCACCACUGCCCUCUGUUAUGUUUUCAUUUCUAUGCUGAAGCAACCAUAUCUCUUCUCCACAGGGAAAGCGCAGAUCGGUUCCCCCCACUUAGGCUUUGCUCAGGGUAACCCCAUACUGGAACCAAUCUUUGCCUAAGGAGACCUCCCAUGUCAGCACUAAUACUGUCCCCUCAUGAAGCUCCCUGAUCUGUCCCAUGGCCUCUUCUAUUGAGAACUGACUUAGCACAGUAAGGGCUACCUGGUCAGCCCCAGGUAUGCUGGGGAUGGAGUCUCAGCUUGUACUGAGCACAGGCUAUGAAUACAGGGCUAACGGCAGACUGGCAGGGUCACGUGGAUGGAGACGGACUCCAUGCUGGUGUGCUGAGGACAUCACGAAUGCCCCAUUCCACCCACAUGACUUUGUCUGCCCUGGUCUUCCUCUCCCCGCUCCUCGCAGGGGCCUGGCCUUCAGUCAGGGUGAUUAUGGGACUGCCCCUCUUGAAAGUACCUGCCUCCUCCUUUAAAGUAUUCCUGACAGCUUUUCAUUCUCUCUUUUCUUUACUUCUUUAAGGAACCCUGUAAUUUCUUAUUCUUUCUCCCCCCUUGGCUUUGCUUUCUUGUCCCCUCUGUCCCCCUCAACUCUUUGAAAUUGGCUCUCUGCCUGCUGACACCAAACUGAUACUUUGCGUUUCACUUCUCCUUAUCCCUUUAUGGCAACAGAUGUUGAAAUUUUGUAUCCUUUUAUCUGCCCGGCUGCCCUUUCCUGUAAUUAUGUCGCCUUGUUAGCAGUACAAAGUGGGCUGCCUGGCUGCCUGUCCUCUGAGCCAUUGUGUCUGAACACGUGUGCUCUGGUGGGUGCUGGAGGGGAUGCAUGCUCACACACAUACAUGUGACAGACACUGUGUGCGUCUCCUCAUACCUCAUGUUGCAGGGACAAAAACUUCAGCCAUUUCUUUAUCCUCACAUCUCUGCUGUUACAUUUGGAAACUGGGGCAAGUGCUUACUGGACAAAAAGUCUUGUGACUGAGCCUGACAACUUGAGUUUGAUUCCCAGAACCUGCAUGGCAAGAGAUAACUGAGUCCUUUAAAUUGCCCCGACUUCUAGAAGUACACCGUGUGUGGCACCUGCAACCUUUCAAAGAAACAUUUGAAGUGUUCUGUUUUUUUUUUUUUUUUUUUUUUUUUUGUUAAUUCGGGAUAUAUUCCCUUGAAUCUCUUACUCCCAUUGAGGACCAGACCCUUAGGCAAAGCCCAAGUGAGGGCCUGAAGCUGGACCUGGUGUCUACUGGGGUGGGCCAUAGGGUCUGGACAGAUGAUGUCUGAGGGACUGUAUGCACGAGAGAGAGGUAGGGAAAGCCAGCAAGAGUGGAUGGCAGAGCAGGCAGGCCCAAUCCUUCUGUCCUGACCUCAGUUUACCAGGUGCAGCCUGAGCCUUGGCUUAUUCACCUGAGAAGUGGUGUGGAGAGACCUGGGCCCAUUCCAAGGACUACAUGAGCCAGUGUAUAUGGAGAUGCAGUGUAGCACCUCCCAGACACAGUGGCUCAACCAUGGCAGCCGCUAUCAAGGCAGCAGCUCCUCUGCCACCCAAAAUCUAUACAGCCAUUUGCAUUUCUCUCAUGACCAGGCUGGUGUGCAGCAUAGCCUAUCUCCUGGGUUGUUUCCUUGGUGUGCAAUGUGAAGGCAUUUCCUGUAGCUUUGGCUUCUUUAUUCAUAACCUGAGGGCCAUUCUGAGACGACCACUCUGCCCCACAGCCUCAUAGUGCUCUAUGGCAGGUAGGAAUGUGCAGCCACAGGCCCCUGUGGGCAGGAUGCUGGAGACUGACAUGUCCCCUCACUGCCAAGCCUCAUCACCUCCAUCAUUGCCUGUCACAAUCCUGUCACUAACUGAAGAAUCACUCACUCCCCUUACCCAAAAUGCCAAUUUUCCUCAUAGAAAGUUCUCUUUUCUUCUGUUUUUCUCUGUUAGUUGAGUAUAAAUUUAGACUUCUCUCCCUCAUGGACUGAACACUCACUGAAAGGAGGGACAGUGGUCCUUUAUAGUGCAGCUCACAUCUCUGGGAUCUCUGCAUGGCAUUGUGCAUAUAGAAGAUGCCUGAUUAACUGUUGAGGGACGGAGAGAAGAGAGAACAUUACUUUCUUUAGUGAUUGCUGGGCCUGAUGUAACUUUCAGGCCAUUUGCCCUUAGAGCGAGGAAGUAAAUGCUUGUCAUGCUUCACUUGUCUUUCCCGAAAAACCAGUUAUGGUUCAGGGUAGCACAUGCCAGACGGAGUCCUGACACCCAAAGGGAAGCACAGCAUCCAUGAUAGGCUCCAGGGAGCACCACCAGACAUCCCAAUGUUAGAAGUAGCUGGAAAAUGUGAGAGCCACAAGCAGGCAUCACUGUGGGCUGGGAGCCUCAGAAUACUUCAAGUACAAGAGUCCUGUGGGGGCGUAUGGGCCAGGGGUGGUGGCAGCAGCCAUGCCUUUAAUCCUAGCAGAAGCAAGUGGAUCUCUGAGUUAGAAUUCUGGUCUACAGAGUGAAUUCCAGGUCAGCCAGGGCUAUACAGACACACAGACACAGACACAGACACACACAGACACACACACAUACACACACACACACACACACACACACACACACACACACACGAGAGGGGGGGGACGGACAGACAGACAUCAUGGUGUUUGGACUCUGCAGGGUCCAGGUUGGGGGCAGGGAAAUGCCUCCGUCAACUUGGCCACAGAGGCUAAUGACAAUACAUUAUUUAAUUUCUCUUUCUCCUGGUCAGCAGGGUGAGCCAGGCCCAGGAGACCUGCUUUCUGUUUUGAGAGACCCCUCUGGGAUGUGGUCCCACUUGGCUGGCUUUUUCCUGCCCAGGUACUAGAGCCUCACAGAGAAAGCUGCAGAGGCUGUGCCAGGGGAACAGGACUCCUUUAGCGUGCAUACUUCGCCUUUCUCAUUCACCAGACUCACUCUGGCUGCCCCAUCUGUCUUUAUCUUUCCCUGGGUGGAGGGAGAAUUGCUGGAGUCAGGCUCAGGAGGCUGGGGUGUGGAGGUCCCCAGCCCGCAGCAGCUCCUGGAGGCCUCGGCUUUGUCUGCGAGAGCUGGAAGAGAAGGGACUUUUUUGUCUCACUCUCUAUAGUGACAAGCACAGUUUUUGCUCCUGUCUUGGCCUGGGGCUCUGAGCUGCAGCCCUGUUCCCACACAAGUUGUGGGACAGCCAAGGCUCUGCGUACACCAUCCCCCUUUCCCCCUACAGUGAGAGGCUGAGAAGCAUUCUUAACAUUCUUUCUAGAGAAAAGGGGUGAAACGUCUGAAUUUGGGGGUCACCACGUUAUACAAAUUGCAAUCUAAUCGUUUUUACAAGAACACACUUGCAGUGAGAACAGCAGCACAGGAGGGGACAAAGACACAGACUGGAGGGCUAUUGUUGACCAGCCCCUUCCUCAACACAACGGCUACACUACAGUUUUCUACAUAAAUUGGGCCUGGGGUGGGAACCCAAAGGGCCCAUGGUGCCAUUUCUGUUUGUUUUCCCAAAUCAAAGCCCCAGCAGGGCUCCUGUGGCUCCGCUGGGCCACUGUUAGAAGAGGCAGGCAUUUCCCAGCGCCUGGUGUGUCAGUCCAUGCUCUGAACUUAACCUUGCAGCGCUUUACAACAGAGCUUUGAGGGUCCUGAGCCUCAAGGCCAAAGAAAGUGUAUCUUUUUUAUUGGUGGUUCAAAGUGUGUGUGGCCACUUGAGAGUCCUAGACAAAGUAAAGUAGAAACUUCCAGGCUAGGCCAAGGGUCUCUCCCAGACCCAUUGGGCUGUGCUGUACUGAGGGCUUCUUGGGCAGUGGACGGGAUUCAGAUUAGCAGUUCUAUCUGGAUGUGCCUCUCUCAUUGCUCACCCACCCCACCAGCAGUGGGUGCCCAGGUCUCAUUCUCUCAGAAUCCCAGCAACGGGGUGGGCGGCUGGGGCUCCACUGGGCUCCACCCCUACCCACAGUCUUUCAUCUUCUAUUUCAAACAAACAUGAAAUUACUUCCACAGAUUAAAGGGGAGAGUUCCUCAAUCAUUCCUUACAGCCUUACUAAUGGAGUGGGCAGGCCCCACAAUCUGGAAAGGGAGCAUCGUGGAGUACAACAGCUCCCACCUGGGGUACACAAACCCAAGUGUACCUUGAGCUAGAGACUCCUCCCACCUCCCAUGCCUGUCAUGGUGAUUGGUGGUUGGUCUGAAAGGCAGGGAUUCCCUGGGAGCAAGGCCCAGGUCUGAUAGAGACAUUGACCUGGGAAGAAAAUGUCUACCCCAGGAGUCCCUGGAAGAUAACAUGUGUUUUUGUUUUGUUUUAGUUGUGUGUUGCUUUUUCAAGACAGGGUUUCUUCCUGGAUCUGACUUUGUAACCCAGGCUAGCCUUGAACUCAGAGAGCUCCAUCUGCUUCUGCCCCUUGAGUGCUGGGAUCCAAGGUGUAUGCCACUACCGCCCUGUUACAAGCUUAUUUUUAUCCCCCAUGCCAACACGGGGCCACUGCAUACACCAAGAAUAUCCCUGGGAAGGUGGCUGGGCACAGAGGUGCCAACCUGGGUGUAAGCACUCAGUGGAGAGCUGAGGUGAUCCUUAGAAGCCUUCGGUGUUCACAGUGAAAGGCUGAGUAGGUAGAGAGAACCCCAGCCUCCUCCUCCAGUACUUUGCAAGGUGGGGGAGGAGUCUGAGUGGUGGGGACAGCAUGGAGCUGAAGUCUAUGUUUAGACAAUGGCUGGCAGCCUAGCCUGCUUCAAGCCCUCUGCUGAUGAGGGCUCAGGCCUCUUACCUGAGCAUCUCUGUGAUGUCACCAUGGCCUUGUUUCUCCUACUAGACCAUGAAGGGAGGGCCUUGAAAAGAAGGCUGAGGCGUUGGGCCUAGGGGGUGCCUCUUCUCCGUUGUUCCCCCCAGACAUUCUGCAGAAGCUCAAUACAUCCACCCAUCCCCUGGCCACAGGAUUAGCUGGUGCACUUGAUGUUGAGGGGCAGUUGCUAGGGCCAAGAGGCCCCCCUAUGUGGUUGCUAAGGGUCUGGCAUGGGGUGAGAGGUCUGCCCACUGCCGCGGUCACGGAGGGAAUUACACAGUCACAAAGAAAUUGUUCUUCUCAGUAAUCUGUUCUCGGCCACCGGGUGGGGUACGGGUGGGGGAGCAGGCUGGAGCCCAGCAGGCUGGGGGCUGUGAUCACAGAGGCGUGUUAGCCCUGGGCUGGGGGCCAGAGACCGAGAACACCAGGGACCAGCACACUAAGCUGCUUUCUCAGCUAUUUCUGUCCCUGGACACAAAGGUGUUUACUUGUUUUAACAUUUCCUAGGACUCUCCUUUCUCCCUUUGUGUGGUCUUUAUCCCCAAUAAGGUUUGAGCCUGAGAUUACAGGCAAGAAUUAAGGCACUGGACUCAGACAGCUCAGAACUGCAUGACCUACCAGAUCAAGGAGUAUAAAGUAACCAAGUGUGUGCUUCUGAGGGGCCGACCCCUUCAGCAAGAGCCAUUCAUUGCCCCAGAGGGAGCAGGCAGCUAGCAUGCAGGUGUGAUGGAGGAGGGCGCAGCAUUGCCCCACCGAGGCUUCAGCUGGGGGCUGAGUACUAGGGGAGGGGCGGGCCAUGUCGCUGUUUGGUCCAGGGCUCCAUAUCUUCCUUCCCUCAGCCCUCUUCCUUUCACUGU